AGGCUCACCUUCCCAUUCACUCGCUGCUGGUAACUUCCUGCUGUCACUCCACCUCUGACUUAGCCAUCGCACCUGAGGCCGAGGGAGCUUUGGGACCUGGAGCGGGGAGACUGCAGGGAAGGAAGCCGGCCCUCCUGACCCCCCAGUCCUGCCCUCUGCCAUUCCCCAUGCUGAGAUUCCUCGUCCUCAUCUCCUUGGUGUGUUUGAUCAGCUCCGAGCCAGAGGAAGAAUGCCUCACGUUCACCAAGCUCAACUUCCACAACGCCGUCGUGGGCACAGACCUCAAGGUGAGACUGCUACUGUACACACGGGAGAACGCCACCUGCGCCAAAGCCCUUGAGUCUCCCUUCCCCGAGAGCUUCAACCUGACCAGGAAGACCACCUUCAUCAUCCACGGCUUCAGGCCCACGGGCUCCCCGCCAGUCUGGCUGCCUGAGCUGGUGGAGGGCCUGCUCCGCAUGGAGGACAUGAACGUGCUCGUGGUCGACUGGAACCGGGGAGCCACCCACAUCAUCUACUCCACGGCCUUCAGGCACACCAGGCAGGUGGCCAAGAUCCUGGCUGAAACCAUCGACCAGAUGCUGGCCAAUGGAGCAUCUCUUGACAACAUUUACAUGAUUGGAGUCAGCCUCGGGGCCCAUAUAGCCGGAUUUGUUGGACAGAUGUAUGAUGGGAAAAUUGGAAGAAUUACAGGUCUGGAUCCCGCAGGACCCCUCUUCAAUGGGAAGCCCCCAAAUGAGCGGCUGGAUCACACGGACGCCCAGUUUGUUGAUGUCAUCCACUCAGAUACCGACUUCUUUGGCUUCAAAGAAACAUUAGGAAAUAUCGAUUUCUAUCCAAAUGGAGGACUGGAUCAACCCGGCUGUCCCCAAACAAUACUUGGUGGGUUUGACUAUUUCAAAUGUGACCACCAGAGGUCUGUUUUCCUGUACCUGUCGUCUCUGGAAGAAGGCUGUGACAUCACCGCUUACCCUUGUGAGUCCUACAGCGACUACCUGAACGGCAAGUGCAUCAGCUGUGGGGACGGCCAGCCCGGGCCCUGUCCGCACCUGGGUUAUCAUGCUGACCAGUGGAAAAACUAUUCAUUGCUAAAGGACCCGCCUGUGACAAAAGCUUUUUUUGAUACAGCCGAUGAAAAGCCAUUUUGUAUAUAUCACUACUUCGUGGACAUCAUGACUUGGAACAAGAACACGCGGAAAGGUUACAUCACCAUCAAGUUAACCGAUCAGGCUGGGAACACAACAGAGUCCAAGAUCAGUCACGAACCUGCCACAUUUCAGAAGUAUCAGCAAGUGAGUCUCCUUGCCAGGUUUGCCCAGGAUGUGGACCAGGUGAAGGGCAUCUCCUUGGUGUUCUCCACUGGGCCUGUGAUCUGGUCCAAGUACAAACUCAGGAUCAUCUGGCUAAAGCUGAGACCCAUCACUCGCCCUGAGAAGCCACAGAUGUGCAGAUAUGAUAUCGUCCUGACAGAAAACAAAGAAACGGCUUUCCAGCCCAUCCUUUGCUAGAUGCUCAAACCCAGCG